AAAGAAGCUUCAACGGGCAUAUAAAACCCUUCAUCAUAAAAAUACAUUUGUGUUUUUCCCCUGGCCAGUUGUGUCUGCAACUCAUUAUUUGCUGGCUUCACAUACCGUCAAGUGUCGCUCCUUUUGUGGUUGAACAGUUGCAACUUUUCAACGGCGCAGAACAUGCGUGGAUGUACAUCAACAUGACGAAUUGCACAAGUAACAACCAGCAAUUUUAUUUGAAGAAGAAGCUGUUCUAUAUGUACCCGGGCAAUGUUCUCGAAUGUCCAAAUCCCUAACAUUACUUGAGCGUGGAACGGUCAUUUUUUUCGCAUGAAUUACAAACGGAUUUGGGUCGGCUUUGUCGUUCCUUAAGAUUCAGGAUGAGAAAACCCAAAGUUAAUCGGAUGGUUCUUGCGAUGUGCUUGGGGUGUUUUAUAAUGGUUAUAUUCUAUUUUCAGAGCAACUUGAAACCAGCCUCAGCACAGGGUCGUGGGAGGAGCAGCGGCCAGGGGAAGUCAUGGAGGAGUCCACUCCAGAUGCUCUAUGACAGUGACCAGCUGGAGCAGUCGACGGUGCAGGUGACCCACCAGGGUCGGCGGGAGCUGCUGGAGGACGCCUGCCGCUCAUACACGCACAAGCGUCGCGUGCUCAUCCCCGAGGACCUCAAGCACGUCAUUGUGGAUGACCAGCACGGCCUGCUCUACUGCUACGUGCCCAAGGUGGCCUGCACCAACUGGAAGCGUGUCCUAAUGGUCCUGACAGGCGCCGCUGGCCCCCACCGCGACCCCCUCGCCAUCCCCGCCAACGAGGCCCACGUGCCUGGCAACCUGCGCACCCUCUCUGAGUAUUCCACCUCUCAGAUCAACCAGCGGCUGCGCUCCUACCUGAAGUUUGUGUUCGUGCGUGAGCCCUUUGAGCGGCUCGUUUCAGCUUACCGCAACAAGUUCACACGCAGCUACAACACAGCCUUCCACAAGCGCUACGGCACCAAGAUCAUCCGCCGGCACCGGCCCAGCCCCCAGGCCGAAGCACUGGAGCGGGGAGACGACGUCUCCUUCGAGGAGUUUGUGUACUACCUGGUGGACCCGGCCACACAGCGCGAGGAGCCCUUCAACGAGCACUGGGAGCGUGUGCACUCGCUGUGCCACCCCUGCCUCAUCCACUACGACGUGGUGGGCAAGUAUGAGACGCUGGAGCAGGACUCCCGCUACGUGCUGCAGCUGGCUGGGGUGGAGGGCCAGGUGACUUUCCCUGCCUCGGCCAAGAACACCAGGACUACGGGAGACAUGGCCGCUCAGUUCUUCAACAACAUCAGACCCUUCUAUCAGAAGAAGCUGUAUAACCUCUACCACAUGGACUUCCUGCUGUUCAACUACUCCACGCCGGAGUACCUGAAAUUUUGAUGACGUUACGCUUCUUAGGAGGAGCCUUAGUUUGAACCAUCUAUCAUAAGCACUACGUAGUAGUUGGAACGUAGUAGUUGGAAGCGUGACAUUGUGCCCGGCCCCACUAGCUUAUUACUUGUGAUGUAUAGCUGAUGUCAGCUAUUCUGGCGGCUUUUAACAGCUGUUGCUUAUAACAACAUUAUGUAUAACCUCUGACAGAGGGUUCAAAAGAAGUGGUACAGACACUUUUAACAUGGGUCCUGGGACUCUUCAAAGCACAGGUAUGUUUUACGGAGAGGACUAACCUGGUGAAAUCUAAGGAACUAAAGAUAUCUUUCAUAUCAAAAGUGAGAGUGGCUUUAAGAUGAGACAACGGGGAAUGGACACUUAAGAUGAAGAUGUUGUACUGUUAGCAAUGAGCCAAUGGAGAUUAAAUGAUUGCCUCUGUAUGUGUAAAAUGCACCUCAAGUGCACAUUAACUCAAAAUGACCAAACUUUGACACCACCAACAAACUUUGGUUACAAUUAUUAUUUUUUCUUUCAAAGUUUAUUUUGUCACCACCAUUCUACAGUAAGACUAAAAGGAACGCAAGCUAUCUGAAGUAAUAGGGGUGCUGAAAGUAUCUCUAUCAGUGCCUUUGGGUGGGUCUUAUGACUUAAAGGUGCAUGACAUCCUCUGGGAAUGUGACAUCAGUGUUUUCCUUAUACUGUAGAGAGUUGACUCUCAUUGGACGGUUUAUUUAUUUUGAUAUUUGUGUCCCAGUGUCAACAAACUGCAGAUAGAGCACGCAUUUAGACAUUAGGAAUAACUACCAUAACAUCAGUCAAAUAAACACAUCUAAGCA